AUGACAGCGGCUGCCAUCCCCUGGCCGGUGGUGCUGGGGCUGACCGUGUUGGCCACGGGGCUGUGCUCGCUGCUCUUUCUGGCCGUCUAUGUGCAGCUCUGGCUGCUGUUGCACUACAAGCAGAAGAGGCUCAGCUACCAGAGCUUCCUGCUCUUCCUGUGCCUGCUCUGGGCUGCCUUCAGGACCGUCCUCUUCUCCUUCUACCUGACCAACUGUGCCCAGGACAUUGAGCUGCAGCCGUUCCCGCACUGGCUGCUCUACUGCGCCCCCAUCUGCCUGCAGUUCUUCACCUUGUGUCUGCUCAACCUCUACUACUCCCAGGUUAUUUAUAAAGCCCACUGCACCCCAGAGUUCGACAGAUACAAGGUCCCACUGCAAUUUGCAUUUUUUAUUAUUGGCCUCUCCUUCCUGAUUGUGAAUUUGUUAUGCAUAUUGAUCGGCAAUGGCCCAGAUGACCAGCGUGGAUGGAUCCCCCUGACUCGGGUCAUUAUCAGUAACUGUCUCUUCACUGCUUGUUCCAUCUCACUGGGCAACAACACCUACAGGAUCGCCAACAUGACCCCCGCUCAUGUCUACCUAGAGUCUAAGGGAACCUCAGGGAACAAAGCAAUCAUGACUGGCACAGUGAUCAGCGCAUUGUAUGUAUUGAGAUCUUUGUACAACAUGGUGGCACUUUCCAUCCAGCCAGACAACAAGCCGACCCCCUUCAGUUUUGCCUGGAAUGGAGUAUCUGAUCGUGCUGUUACAGAAAACAAUGAGCUGGAAUAUCUCAUCUUUGUAAUUAUUCUCCUUUUCUGUGAGCUCCUGCCAAUGUGUCUCAUGACUUGCUUCUUCCAUGCUAAAAAACUGAGUCAGAACUUGGAAGCAGGAGGUAUGAUAAAUAGUCACAGCUUUGGGUCCAGAGCAUACUUUUUUGACAAUCCUAGAAGAUACGACAGUGAUGAUGACUUGCCAAGGCUGGCAGGUGCCAGAGGGGAGCGAGGAAGCUUAUCGUCCACCCCAAGAUCCUCCUCCGGAUGGUAUGGUACCAUAUGUCCAACCAAUGGCUGUGCCCUGGCCCCACCUCUGCUGAGCGAGCCUUCAUCAGGGACUCCCGUUCUCUUCACCUGUGGAGAGAACUCAUUGGCGUGA